ACGGGGGAAGACAGCAGUGCAGUUGUCGCGUUGACUGGGUCACUACUGCCGGCCCUGUCCCGCAAUUCCCUGUGGACGUGAACAUACCGAGCUAGAUGAGAGUGUGGAUGGAGGUAGAGUGGUAGAGUAGACAGGCCUGUUGUUGCUUGCUCCUGUAUGGUGCCAGCUGUGUGCCUGGCUCUUGUUUUGUGUCUUGUGCCCUUCAAAAUUUUUCUUCUCUGCUGCUGCUGCUGCUGUGGUGCUGGUUUGCUGUGUGCACUGUGCUGGUCUGCUGCGGUGAGAAAGAGGAGACAGAGAGAGAGGACCACAGCGCAACAGUCAACUCGUGCCUAGCUACAGCAGCACAGCUCAAAGAAUCCAGCUCUCACAGCCCAACAUGAGCACCAUCCUUGUCCGUGUCCCCUUCCCAACAGAAGCACUUGCUCAGAUCGCAUGCCGCUCCCUCUCUCCAGACGCAGAGGUCAAACCAGACCAAGUCUCAAAGACAGUCUCCGUUGAGGGCAGAGACUUGCUGUGUCGCUUUCAAUGCACCAGUGCACGUACCAGCCGAGUCAGUCUCAAUGCCUUCUUUGACUCGCUUGAGGUGGUGGUGCGUACAAUGGAUGAACUGGCAGAUCUAUGAGUCUCUUGCAAUCGUGCUCUAGUCCCGCAGUCUUUGUUAUGGUUAGCAUCUUAGCGAGGUCCUUAGAAGGAGACAUACAGCAUGGAUGCUUGCUGGACACUGCAGAGUCAGUCAGUACAGUUGCACACAAACACAAGGAGGUGCGUACCUCUGAAUGACAGUGACGAGGUUGAUGCGCCUCUCCUCCAGCUCCUUAUGCUUCUCAUCAACAAAGCGACGCUCCAUGGU